ACAUCCAAUAGGAAAGGGUAUACCGGUGAUCACAUGUUACGCUCUCUUCCUGGAUUUCUUCUUUUCGACCUUCGGUGGCAUCAUGGAGGAGUACACACGGGAGCCAUGUCCUUGGAGAAUCGUAGACGACUGUGGCGGAGCCUUCACCAUGGGUAUCAUUGGAGGAGGUAUUUUCCAGGCUGUCAAGGGGUUUCGAAAUGCUCCUCAAGGCAUUAAUCAUCGUAUGAAGGGCAGUGUAAGUGCUAUAAGAACUCGCGCGCCAAUGCUGGGAGGUAGCUUUGCAGUAUGGGGAGGCCUCUUCUCCAUGAUAGACUGCAGUCUGGUAAAGGUUAGAGGAAAGGAGGAUCCUUGGAACUCUAUCACCAGUGGAGCCAUGACUGGGGCGAUUCUGGCUGCCAGAAAUGGUCCUAUAGCCAUGGUGGGAUCUGCAGCAAUGGGUGGCAUUCUUCUUGCUCUCAUAGAAGGAGCAGGUAUCCUGCUGACGCGAUUUGCCUCAUCACAGUUUGCAAAUGGUCCACCUAUACCUGAUGAUGCUUCUCCACUUAAUACAGCGUCUCCCUUUGGCAGUUACCAGCAGUACCAGUGAAUAUCCGAAUGGCUUAAAACGCAUCGAUGUGAACUAUUCCCACCUUGGCUCAGUCCCCUCUGGAACUCCAGGCUACAUUCAGCUUCUGAUUUGGGCUGUGGUCAUAACAUACAUGGACUAUGAAGGAUCACCGGCCAAAAAUGUCUACUUCAUUUUAGGUUUAUAGUUUGGGACAGCCAAAGAAGGCUAACAAAAACACACUGACUUAAGUGCAGCUUACCAAUUAAGAAUCUCCAGGGAGGAUUGUAAUACUUAUAUGUACCUUGAAGGCCCUUCAAGAUGUGGUCCAAUGUGUCGGACACAACUUAACAAUUAUAUUUAAAACAAUCAUCUUCAGCAGAAUUUAGGUGCACAUACAACAUUUUAUACUCUCAAAGUAAUUCUGGGAACUUCAAAUAAUGCCCAGAGAGUUGUACAUGCCCCCAUUAUUUCUGUACACCUUAGUUAGGUAUCGUUUAUAUUUUGUAUCCAAUGGAUAUUGUGAUGUACACAAUACGGUGCAUGUUCUCAACUUUAUAAAGUUACUUGAUGUUGUAGCACUAAAUGA